UUUCCUAUUGGCGAGUUACUCUUGACGGAGGCGGGGACAAUGGUCUUUGGCUUGUCUGAUUGGACAGUUGUCCUGCCCAUCAGGCAUCUUUAGAUUACGGCCAUUUGACAGCGCUACUGCAGGGAGCUGACAGGACCCUCUCCCGCUCAACAAUUUUCACGUAAUAUUUUCUUCUGUAAAUUAAAGUUUCUUUGUUUAAUUACGUUUCCUCAAGACGAAUGUGAAGGCGCGGUUAAAUGCCGUUCACUGACUGAGGGGAUUGUCCUCUUAAAAGAUUUCACAGAAGACUGCCGCUUAAUUAGUCCUCACCAUGGCGACGGUUGUGAUGGAGCAGAUUGGGAGGCUGUUCAUCAACGCACAGCAGCUUCGCCAGAUCCCCCGUUUCCUGGAGUCAGCCUUCCCUAAACUGCCCUGUACUGUGAUGGUGAGCGAUGUGCCGUGGGUUUUCCGUGAGUCGCACAUAGUCACGGGCUACAGGCCGCCCGACCAGAACUGGCGCUACUACUUCCUCACCCUGUUCCAGAGGCAUAAUGAGUCUGUAAAUGUGUGGACACACCUGCUGGCCUCCCUCAUUAUUUUAGUCAAGUUUCAGGAGCUGUCUGAAACUGUGGACUUCCUGCGGGACCCACACGCCCAGCCGAUGUUCAUUCUGCUCCUAGCCGCGUUCACCUACCUGGGCUGCAGUGCGCUUGCCCACUUGCUCUCAGCCAAGUCUGAGCUUUCCCACUACACCUUUUAUUUUUUGGACUACGUUGGCGUAGCCGUAUACCAGUAUGGCAGCGCCCUGGCCCACUUCUAUUACGUCAUCGCAGAAGAAUGGCACGCUCAAGUGCGAAGCUUUUUCUUGCCAGCCGCAGCCUUCCUGGCCUGGCUCUCCUGUACGGGCUGCUGCUACGGCAAAUACGCCAGCCCGAACUUGCCCAGAUUCGUUCACAAGCUAUUCCAAGUGGUUCCCUCGGGCCUGGCCUACUGUUUAGACAUCAGCCCAGUGUUCCAUCGCAUCUAUAAAUGCUACAGCUCUGAACAAGGCUGUGCCGACCAGGCGGUGGUGUACCACUGCUACCAGGUCCUCUUCUUUUUGAUCAGCGCCUACUUCUUCUCAUACCCCCAUCCUGAGCGCUGGUUCCCGGGAUGUUGUGACUUCAUCGGGCAGGGCCAUCAGAUCUUCCAUGUGUUCCUUGUGCUCUGCACUCUAGUGCAGAUUGAAGCAGUGCGACUGGAUUACAGCGAGAGGAGAUCUUUCUAUGAAAGUCUCCAUGGAGACUUGGCUCACGAUGCAGUGGCUCUUUUUAUCUUCACAGCAUGUUGCAGCGCACUCACUGCAUUCUAUGUGCGCAAACGGGUGAAGGUGUAUCUCGAAGAGAAGCAGGAGUAGAUAUCAAGGCAGGGACACUUGCUUGCACAUGUAGGAAGGAUUGAACUGGUCUACAACAACUGAAGCAACUAACAAUGAAGGCCCUUCUUUUUUUUCAGUGU